UUGCAGGAGCGGUUAGCAUUUGGAGAAGCCAAUGCCCCGACAUGCUCUAUUAAUGCAGCCAUCAAGAUAACAUAAACCGAAGGGCAGAAAUACAAACUCUUGCUUUGGAUUUGGCCGAGUGUCUGGUUGCAGAGGAGGUGUAUGCGUGGGUGUGGUGUGUGUGUGCGAGUGUGUGAAAGAUACACCAAGAAGAAUCCAGUGAUGGCGACCGGUAAAAGUAAAAACCAGAGCUCCCUGGCGCUGCAUAAGGUGAUCAUGGUGGGAAGUGGCGGCGUGGGGAAGUCGGCCCUCACCCUGCAGUUCAUGUACGAUGAGUUUGUGGAGGACUACGAGCCCACCAAGGCAGACAGCUACAGGAAGAAGGUGGUUCUGGAUGGGGAGGAGGUCCAGAUCGACAUUCUGGACACAGCCGGCCAGGAGGACUACGCUGCCAUCAGGGACAACUAUUUCCGCAGCGGGGAGGGCUUCCUGCUGGUGUUCUCCAUCACAGAGCAAGAGUCCUUCUCGGCCACUGUGGAGUUCAGGGAGCAGAUCUUGCGGGUGAAGGCGGAAGAGGACAAGAUCCCGAUCCUUGUGGUCGGGAACAAGUCCGACCUGGAGGAGCGUCGGCAGGUAUCUGUGGAUGAGGCUCGAGGGAAGGCCGAGGAGUGGGGAGUCCAGUACGUCGAGACAUCAGCCAAAACCAGGGCCAACGUCGACAAGGUAUUCUUUGACCUGAUGCGCGAAGUACGAGGCAAGAAGAUGUCAGAAAACAAAGACAAAAAUGGAAAAGGAAAAAACAAAAAGAACAAGAAGAGCUUCAAAGAAAGAUGCUGUUUACUUUGAACCCCGCAUGGACCGAAAUAAUCCACAACGCCACUGUUAAGCUGGUGAACGAAGCAGAGCGUCCUUGCCAUUCAAAUGAAAUGUUAUCCCUUCUUUUCUUUCCAUAAUUGGGUUUAGUUUGGUGUUUAGAACAAUCUCAACAAUAUUUUUAUUUUUUUAUGAAUGAAAUCUGAGUCUCUGUUCCAUUGGAAGAUAACCACUGUUGUGAAUGACUGGCUGCAGGAAGCCAACGACCAAACUGCCACUGACACUAACUUGGCUGCUUGAGACAUUCUCCACUGUUAAACUCAGCGCCCAAACUGCCCUUGACUUUGCUUCAGUGUGUUUUACGCCACAAUUGUUAAGUCUUUGUCAAGUUAACAGCGCUAUUCAUUUCUUUACCUGCUCUAAAUCUUAACCUGCGUAAUUCUUAGCCUUUAGUAUAGAUCCCCUGAAUCUCUGUCCAUCAAUUUACAAGAAACUCAAAUGCUGCUGUCUGUCCUUUGUAAUCAUUAAUGAUGACACUUCAUGUCAUGUCUGUUGAAGAUGUUUGCUCAUUCAUUCGUCUGUCCAGACUCUCGUCAUGACGACUGGAGAGCGUUUUUGGAGUGGCUGUUGAAACGGGAAGCUUCAAACGUUUUCAUUGUUCAGCCCUCGAGGCUGCCGUGUUUUUUGUUUUGGGUCAUCCAAGGAGUUAUCAUUUUCUGACCACAGAAGAACCGUAGCAGUGAGACGACUCGUUGUCAAACGGGGGGAUCAGCCCUUCAUAUGAUGACUGCAAAUCCACCCAGAAGAUUCUUUGCAGUGGUUCAGGAGGACUGAAGCCAGAUAAUAUCUUUGGUUGAUUGUAAAACAAAUGUAUGAUGAGAUAAUUUAUCUCUUAGCUCCCAGAGCUUCCUUUAGAUCUAUAUUAUUGUUAGAUAUCCUGAGGCUGUGAAUAGAAGGUGGUCAUGUGGUCACUAGUGUGACCCUUCUCGCAUCGCGGAUUACUUCCUGUUUUACAUGACUGUUGAAAUGUUCAGUCUGUACUGUGAGGCAGGUGUUGACAAUCCAGCAGGCCAUCAUGAUUCUGGUCCACGAUGGCAUUAUAAUCAAUCACGUCUUAUUCUUCAUUUUUCUUUUUAUACGUUUGUCUUUUUAAUAACAUGCACUACAUUGCCAAUACCUAAGAAGUAGACUUCUUGCCUCGUGCUGGAGAUUUAUAAACAAUUUGUGCCAACAAAAUCACAAAGUCAAUGUUUGUGGAUGUACUGUGUGUAUGCUUAUUAACUUGAGUGUGUGUGUGUGUGUGCGCAUUCACCAGAAAAUCCUACUACUUUUCUGUGUCUAAGUGAAGCUUUGAAGAGGGUGCCAACUUCUGAACUGUUGUUGAAUCAAGUGCUACAGUGAACAAGAUGUUUUUACCACUGCCUAAACCCUUGUUUGUAACCCUCCUUUUUUCGUUCACUUCCUGCUGCUGUGUGGGAGUGUUGCCGAAUAAAUGCUUUUUUCUUUUC